AUAGUUUUUACGAAUUGUGGAAUUACUUUAAAUAUAAAAAAUAAUGAAAUUUGUUUGAAUAUAGACUAAAAUAAUAUCAAGAAUGAACGACUUAUUGAGAAGCUACAAAAUGAUCUUAAAGAGGAAGAACUCGCGCGAUUCCGAUUCGGAAUCCCAACCGUUAGUUAGUUCGGAAUCAUCAAUCGCAAGUUUUGGAGCUUUUCAAGAUCAGUGUAUGUUCCAUAAUUCGGAUUCGUCGGAGUGCGAGGUUGAAAAAUCGACGAAACCCGUUCAACAAAUUCAAACGACCCCUAAACAAUUUUUAAGGAGGCCGUUGUCUUAUCCUGGUCAAUACGAAAUACCAAACUUCGACCUUUUCGCCACUAAAGAUGAUAAUAGCUAUGAUAAACGGCGCUAUUUCAACAAAUUAUCCGGAAUAUUAAGCGAUAACAAUAUUUUUGCUUCUUCCAGUUGUUAUUAUCAAUUUAAACUCGACAAACUGGAGGCCAUCAAGACUCAAAACUCCCUAGUUACCAUAUUUGCAAUAUGGAAUACGAUAAUGGGAUCAUCUCUGCUCGCAAUGGCUUGGGGAUUCGAGCGCUCCGGGUUAAUUUCCGGGAUAAUUUUGCAUAUAAUUAUCUCCGGGAUAUGUUUAUACACAGCCCAAUUGGUGUUAAAUAUCGGAAAGAAUUAUGGGGCGAUUGGGAAAAUAACGGAGGUGCCUGAAUUGUGUCGGGAAUUGUUGGGGAAAUGGGCCGAAGUUGUGGCAAGGAUUUUUUCGUUGAUAGUAUUAGUUGGGGCCAAUAUUGUUUAUUGGAUUUUAAUGUCGAAUUUUUUGUAUAACUUCGUCGAAUUUUUAUAUGAGUACAUAGUUUUACCGGAAAACCCCGAAAAUCGAACCGUUUUAUGCCCCAAACACGAAACAUUCGCAACAAUCAAAAACAACUCGAUUCAUUCAACAAGAACAACGUAUUUCCACGAAAUUUGGGACCUCAACAAAACCGUCCCUUUAUUUUUAGCCCUACUAAUGUUUCCACUACUAAAUUUUAAGAGCCCAACUUUUUUUACGAAAUUUAACAGCUUAGGUACAUUGAGUGCUUUAUACAUGGUAAUUUUCGUUUGCGUUAAAGCAUAUUCUUGGGGAAUUAACGAUAUGGAUUGGUUGGAGGAGUUAAAUUUUAAACCAUCGUUUUCCGCGUUGAGCGGAAUGUUAGCUUUGAGCUAUUUCAUCCAUAACAUAAUCAUCUCCGUUAUGAGAAGCAAUCGAAACCAAGAAAAUAACGUUCGCGAUUUAAGCAUUGCUUAUGGACUGGUUCUUUUCACCUAUUUAUUCGUUGGGGUUUUCUUCUACAUUUGUUUUCCUUUGGCUAAAUCGUGCAUUGAAGAUAACCUUUUAAACAACUUCCCUCAAUAUGACCCAAUGACAAUUGGGGCAAGAGUUUUAUUAUUAUUCCAAUUAUUUACUGUAUUUCCCUUGAUGGCUUUUAUGUUACGCUUGGAUAUUUUCAACAAUUUCAAGGCGAUCUUCACCGAGACGAAAUCAACCGAGUUUAGUUAUUUUCGCGUAAUCGUUUUGAACGUAAUCUUGGUGAUAGUUUGCGUGUUAUUCGCGUGUUUCCUGCCGAAAAUUGGAACGUUAAUUAGAUAUACCGGAGCUUUAAGUGGAAUGGUUUACGUUUUUACGCUCCCGAGUUUAAUGAAAAUGUCCGCGUUGAAGAACGAGAAAGCUCUAAGUCCUUUGAAGAUUAUUUUAUACGUGACCAUUAUUGUUAUUGGCGUUUUAAAUUUUUGCUCGCAAUUCUUUAUCGCCGAUGGUUAAUUUGGACCAAUUCGUCAUUUUCUCGUUUAUUCAUAACGUUAUUUAUUUUCUUAGAAUAGAUUGUCAUUAAUUUUUUUUGUUCGUUUGUAAUCAUUGUUCUUCAAUAUUAAUUGAUUUC